AAAAAAGGCCAAAUCGUACUAUUCUUCUCCCUAAUAAUUAUCAUGAACAACAGGAAAAGAGAAAAACCCUACUCCUCCCGCCACGCCCCUUACGCCCUCCACAAGCGCCGCCGCCGCCCACUGCCCCUCGACGCCGACGAUGCGCUCCAAGAUUCUUCCUCCACCUCCGCCGCCGCCAAGCUGCAGACCUCCGUGGUGGUAAUCGGAGUGCCGACGGACUGCUCCGUGCUGGAUAUCAAAUCCCGAUUCGAGAUGUACGGGCCGAUAUCACGGACGCGGAUGGAGCCCAACGGCGUCGCUCACGUCAAUUUCAGAUCCGCCGAUGCCGCUCAGUCCGCCGUCGACGCAGCUCGAGAUUCUAGCUUUCCGAUUACCCUAAAUUCGACUCCAGUGCAGGUAGUGCUUGCCAGCGAUCCAAUUCCGCAGUGGGAGAGAGGAAUUGGGAGGAAUGACGGUCUGUCUUCAAAACUGGUCAGGGCAGAGUUGCCCUUAAGUAGACAUGGGAGAGGUAAUAAGCUUGGUUCAGCUAUUGUGAAUCCCAGAGAUGACAAAAGUACAAUUAUUGAUCCCAUUGGUGAAGAUGAUAAGCUUAAAGGCGCCAUUGCUGCUGAUUCAGGUAUGGAUCGGACUUUCAAGGGCAGGGAAAUUGUUGCUUAUGAUGAUAUUUUGUGAUUCUGAUCUUUAGGAAAGUUUGAAGCUUGGGUGAAUGUUACUUAGUGUAAUGUAAGUUUUAUAUUGUGGUUCCUAUUGUUGGCAUCUGAUUUGAUUAUUUUGGAAGACACAUGAGAAAUUUAGAAUUAAUUAUAAA